AUGGAUUAUCUCUAUUCAGUAUGUUUAUUAUUUGCCAUAUAUAUAUAUGGCAAUCCAGGACGAAUUAAUAAGAAUUUCAAGAUUUUGCACCCUCUGCCUUUCAAAAUCUUCUCGGCCAAGCUCAAGGGAACAGCUCAGUCUUAUUGUUUUGGGGCAAAAGACGCUCCAUCAACAGUAUUGUUCUUCUCUGCAACGAUUGUUGUAUUCUUGACCAUAGGUAGCUUUGCGGAUUUUGGGACUUGGAGACCCAAUAUUCUCUUAUUUCUCUCGGUGGUUGCAUACGCAGUGGGAUUUGCUUGGCUGGGAGUCUUCACAGAAACGAAGCGACAUCUUGCGGCAGCGUUAUAUAUUAUCGGAUUGAUUGCUUAUCAGACUACGUUGACAUUCUGGACUGCUGCAUUCCCAGGUCUAGCACGAAACACUGCUGACCUGAAAAGCAAAGCAGAGGAAUAUGCCGCAGGGACUAUCUCCCGUGACGAAUAUGAUCACGCAGAUAUGAUGAAGCGUAGUCAAUUGGCAAAUAUUGCGUUCUACAUACAGUCUGUCGGUGAGACUUUUAUUCUCGCCGCGAUCGUGGGUAUCAUGUUCGGAUUACAUGUGGAUGCUAAUACUGCAAACAACAACUGGGGUCUAAGUGUUCUAAUUGCAUUCGCAACCGGUAUAUGGCUCUUACUCUCCAUUCCUUGGUUCAUGUUGGAAAAAAGGAGACCUGGGCAGGAUCCAGGCGAACAAAACAUCAUUAUUGUGGGGCUUUCCCAACUAUGGUAUGCGGCGAAACAGGUCUGGCAGCUGAAGCAGAGCUUAAUAUACCUCAUCGGUUACUUCCUCCUGGGCGACUCUUUGAAUACCACCGUUACUUUAAUAAGUACUUUACAGAAUGAUGCUGUGUCUUUCAAUACCCUGCAUCUGACAUAUCUACUUCUUGUUGGGAUCACUUCACAGGCGGUUGGCAUAUAUACGUUCUGGUGGAUUCAACAAAGGUAUCGACUUGGAACAAAAGCCAUGUUCAGUGUGAUAGCAUUCUGCAUCAUUCUUCUCGAUGGCUGGGGAAUGAUUGGAAUUUGGACAGAUAAUUUCGGCUUCCAUCAUGCUUGGGAAUUUUGGCUUUAUCAGGCUUUCUAUGGCCUUUUUGUCUGCCCUUGGUACAGUUAUUCGCAAAUCAUGAUCUCGGAGGUUACCCCUCGUGGCCACGAAUUCCUUUUUUUCAGCAUUUUCGGCAUUAUUGGGAAAACUUCUUCAUUCAUUGGACCACUUAUUUCCAGUGCCAUUAUUGACGCUUCGCUUAACAAUAACCCUUCCACACCUUUCUACUUCCUUUUUUCGUUGAGCGCAGUAAGCUUUGGAAUUUUGGUCGUUGGAGUGGAUUUAAAGAAAAGCCGCGUGGAGCAAGAGAGAUAUCUGCUAAAAAAGCGAUGCAGAGAACAUGGUCUUGGUACCGAAUUUUGA